GCCGCGGUGACGCGGGGCCGGCCGGGCCGGGGCGAUGGCGGCGGCGGAGGCGCGGGCCGAGGGUCCCCCGCUGCCCGGCCCGCCGGGGGGCCGCCCGCGGCCCGUCUGCUCCCGGCCCUACUUCCUCGUCCUCAUGGUCUUCGCGCACCUCUACGUGCUCAACGUGCUGGGGCUGCUGCUCUUCGUGCACCUCAGCGCCGGCGAGCCCGGCGGGCCGCCCGCCGCCCCCGCGCCGCCGCCGCCGCCGCCCGCCCGCGCCCUCCCGCGCCUCGAGGGCAUCAAGGUGGGCCACACGCAGCGGGUGGAGCUGGUGCCCGGCAGGGCCCACAAUGUGCGCACCCUGAGCCUCAAGCCGCUGCUCUUCGAAAUUCCCGACUUCCUGACAGAGGAGGAGUGCAAGCUCAUCGUCCAUCUUGCAAAGCUGAAGGGGCUGCAGAAGAGCCAGAUCUUACCAACAGAUGACUAUGAGGAAGCCAUGGAAAUGAUUGAAAUCAGCCAGAUGGACAUUUUCAAUCUCCUGGACCAUAAUCAGGAUGGGCAGCUGCAGCUCAAAGAGGUGUUGACCCACACUCGGCUUGGGAACGGCAGGUGGAUGACCCCUGAAAACAUCCGUGAGAUGUACACAGCAGUCAAGGCUGAUCCUGAUGGGAAUGGUGUGCUGAGUUUGGAGGAGUUCAAACAGUUGAAUAUCCGUGAUUUCCAUAAGUACAUGGGAAGCCAGAAGGUGAAGAUGAGUGACCUGGUGCGCAACAGCCAGCACACCUGGCUGUACCAGGGCGAGGGGGCACACCAGGUCAUGAGAGCCAUACGGCAAAGGGUGAUGCGCCUGACUCGCUUGCCCCCCGAGAUCGUGGAGCACAGCGAGCCCCUCCAGGUUGUGCGGUACGACCAGGGAGGGCACUACCAUGCCCACAUGGACAGUGGCCCCGUGUUCCCUGAGACUGCCUGCAGCCACACAAAGCUCGUCGCCAACGAGAGCGCUCCUUUUGAGACCUCCUGCCGGUAUGUGACUGUGCUGUUCUACCUGAACAAUGUGACUGGGGGAGGCGAGACAGUCUUUCCUAUUGCUGAUAACAGGACGUACGAAGAGAUGUCUUUGAUCCAGAACGAUGUUGACCUGCGAGAUACUCGGAAAAACUGCGACAAGGGCAAUUUGCGAGUGAAACCUCAGCAAGGCACUGCUGUUUUCUGGUACAACUACCUGUCCGACGGAGAAGGCUGGGUGGGGGAGCUGGAUGACUUCGCCCUGCAUGGAGGCUGCCUGGUCACCCAAGGCACAAAGUGGAUCGCCAACAACUGGAUCAAUGUCGACCCUAACCGCCGGCGGCAGCAGCAGUUCCAGCAGGAGAUGGAGCGCUAUGCGGGGGCCGAUGCGGGGGCCGGGGCCGGAGCCCCGGGCGAGUGGACAGUGGACAAGGCCUACAGCGGGGCGCACUUGGAGCUGUAGGCGCGGGGGGCCUGGCCGCGCGCACGUGGCCUUUUCCCGCGCUGUGCGGGGGGGCGGGGCUGCGGACCACGUGCGCGGCGGGGCCGCGUCGCGCGCCAAUAAAGCGUGCAGAGACG